AUGUUCUUGGAGGCUUGGCUUCCCCCCACUGCCCCGACUACUAUCGAGGAAUGUUUCAUCAGUGUUCGGGAGGAUGGCACUGUGCGUUUCGACAGUGAGUCGACUGAACUCUUCUCGCGGCGCCGGUUUGACAACCCUAGUAGCUCCAGCUGCUCGAGACAAGCCUGGAAUGAGUACACGAAUCGUAGCUGGCGUGAACUAGACUGACCCUCGUUGAGCGCUUUACAGCUGCCAAAGCGAUCAAGUUCUCCGUGUUCGUGUCGACGAUCGUUUUCCUCCUAACGAUGCAGUUUUUUAUUGAAACGUUCCGCUUCAUCUCCGGUUUAAUCUUGUCGGUCGUCGGUCUCGUCGCCUUUCUGUACAUCCCGCUGCCACCGGAUUGCCGCGACGACCCCCUUUGGAUAUAGUAAGUGCGCUUAAUCUGAUAUGUCUCGUCCGAAUGAUGUCGACUGAUAGAUCUUCAAGAUUUAGUCGACUGUUACAGGCUGCAUAUCUACCAACCGCCGGAUAUCUCGCCGGUUUUGGCGAGGCUCUUCUAAUCUGGUUCCGUAAAUCGACGUUCGAUCGCGCAGCGGCCCGCGCUGGAGUCGCAGCCGCCGACCUCGACAAGCUCGAAAUCAUGUUCAUUCUCUUUACCGCCUUUGGCAACUUGAUGAUCGGAACUGGCGCGCUGUUCGUUGCCACAUACGCGGUCUACCUACUCGUCACGAGAUAUACCUCGAUACGUGACCGUCUCCGAGUCCGAGUCGUGGACGAGGAGUCGCAGCUUCUCAUCACCAACGACGCUGCCGACAAAACCCCCGACGCCUUGAACUCGGCUAUUGACGACGACGACCAUUCUGACGCCAACGCGGCCAUGAACGACCACCACAAUCUCCACGCCUCAACUGACCACACUCCUCACGCCGGCAAUUUUGAGCGUCCUGCCAGUGGGUGCCUGGAUUUCACAGCUGCAGCAUCGCUGGGCGGCCAUGGGUUAGAAGGCUGUGACAAGCGAGCCUAA